UAAAUACACUAUCAAAUUAAACAUAGGUUAAACACUUCUAGAAGCUAAACAGAAACUUUAUUCCGGCUUCCUACCCUGCACUGUCACCAUCAGCCUUCUCUUAAUUGCUAGCCAGAUUGGAUACUUUGGGGUCUCGGGAGUUUAAGCUCACCAGUGGGGAAAAAUGCGAUUUUGAAUUAGAGCUGUCUGUUCUCGCUUGCCGUACCGGUGCCUUGAUGAAGGCUUUGGACUGUGUCGGCCUUCAGUCUGGGUUGAGUCCAUUGAUGCAGUAGGACGUGUUUUGGAUUUAUCAGGGACACGUUUAUUAGGAAGAAUGCCAAACAAACAGCCCAUCAAGAUUUGACAGUGAAUCAAUUCAUCAAGACUUAAAAGCCCUUUGAUUUUCAACGUUUGUCUGUGGGAAAAGGUUUCAAAUAUCAGUGUGACUGGAAAUGCACCAAGACACAUAUAUCGAAGUGAAUGUGUUCCAGUGAACUGACUGUGGACAAGUCUUGAACCAGUUACACAGCCUGAAUAACAUCACACCAUUCGCAGUGGGAAGAAACUGUAUCGCUGUCCUGUGUAUGGGCAAGGAGUCAGCUGAUCAUCCAAUAUGGAGAAACGUGAGGACAGCUGCACCGUAGAGAAACCAUGGAAAUGUGUGGACUGUGGGAAGGGAUUCAAAUACCCGUCCUUGCUGGAAGCUCACCGACGCAUUCACACAGGGGAGAAGCCAUAUACUUGCUCUGUUUGUGGGAAGGGAUUUGCUCGGUCAUUUGACCUUCAGAAACAUGAAGGCAUUCACACUGGGGCGAGGCCAUUCAUCUGUCCCGAGUGUGGGAAGGGAUUCAGCGACUCAUCCAACCUGCUAACACACCAGCGAGUUCACACUGGGGAGAGGCCAUUCGUCUGCUCUGUGUGUCAUAAAGGAUUCAGUGAUUCAUCCAGCCUGUGGAGACACCAGCGAGUUCAUACUGGGGAGAGGCCAUUCAUCUGCCCUGAGUGUGGGAAGGGAUUUACUCAAUCAGCCCACCUGCUGAGACACCAGCGACUUCACACUCGGGAGAGGCCAUUCAUCUGCCCUGAGUGUGGGAAGGGAUUCAGUGACUCAUCCUACCUGCUGACACAUCAGCGAUUUCACACUGGGGAGAGGCCAUUCCCCUGCUCUGAGUGUGGCAAGGCAUUCUCACUGUUAUCCAACCUCCGGGCCCACCAACUUGUUCACACUAAUGAGAGACCUUUCAAAUGUUCGCAUUGUGAGAAGAGCUAUAAAUGCAGACAUGAAAUGAUAACACACCAACGCAUUCACACUGGGGAGAGGCCAUUCCCCUGCACUGAGUGUGGGAAACGAUUUGUCAAUUCAAAGAACCUUCUGAGACACCAGCGAACACACACUCAUGAGAAGUUGUUACCUGCUCCCUCGUGGGAAAGGAUUUACUCAGUCAUCCCACCUGCUGAGACACCAGUGCAUUCACAAGUGACUGCAGGGCAGGCAUCAGUUGCUGUUGUUCUUAAUAAAAGUUUUCCUCACAUCACCUCUGCAUCUCUUUCCCAAAACCUUAACUCUAGCUCCCCAGUCCUUGGAUCAUCACAGAAUGGAAACAAUGUUUUAUUUCUCUACCUCACCUAAAGCUCUCAAAAACUCAAUACACUUGAAGCAUAGUGACCGGAACUGGACUCUAGUUCUGUCCUAAAGAGAGCUUUUUAAAGGUCAGCAUAUUUCCCCUGAUUUUCUCCUUGAUAUCUCAAUUUAUGAAGUUCAAGGUUCCAUAUGUUUUGCUCACUGCUUUCUCAAUGUGUCCUAUCAUCGGUAUAGCGUCCCUCCCUCUCAGCCAGAAACUCUGAUGUAAAGUCCCAUCUGCUACGGAACUGUGUUAGAGCGGUUUUGUUUUUUUUCUCUUAUUUCUUAAUUGAUUGAACCAUGUCCAUUGUGAUCUGUUUCUGCUGAAGGUAAUGAACCGCAGUUCAGUUAAAGGGACCAUCAGGUUGGGGGAGUGGACUAAUAAACUAGAGUUAAUUUGUACAGUAAAUUUGUUAACGUGCACAAUAGAUCUCUGUAGUCACCAUUCAUUUGUGAAGUGGAUUGAUUCAUUUAUAGAAUUCUCAAACUCAUUAAAAGUAAACUUGCUGACUUGUUCCUUUCAGUCCCACCUUGUGUUGAUCUGUGUGAAAAUCCUGUGUUCCCUUGUGAAAUAAAUUUGGGUCUAUUGGUU